ACGAAACCAAACAUAAACCAAUCAACAUGAAAGUGAUCGUAGUCGCCCUCGCCCUCGUGGCCCUCGCGGCCGCCGGCCCCGUGCCCGACGCCGUCCCUGAGCCCAUCAAGAUCCUGCGCUCCGAGUUCGACGUCCAUCCCGAGGGUGGAUACAACUAUGCUUUCGAGACAGAGAACGGCAUCCGGCGCGAUGAGACCGGCGAGGUGAAGGAGGUGCUGGACGAGGAGAACAAGCCCCACAGCGUGGUGAUCAUGCGCGGCAGCUACUCCUACACCAACGACCUGGGCGAGCCCGAGACCGUCAGCUACUGGGCCGACGAGACCGGCUUCCACGCCGAGGGCAACUCCAUCCCCAAGGCCCCCGAAACCGUCGCCCGAAGAUAGACCACGUCGGACCCUUUCGACCGACACAUUGAAAGUGCAUUUAAUGAGUCGGUCGAAACUUAGAUCUAGUGGCGAUGGUAGUGAUUAAAUUAUUUCGUCGUCACCGCUCACUGCCAUGUUUGUGUAU